AAAUGACGACAAUUUCGCUGCUCUCAUUACGUGGUUAGUUCCGGCGAAAAGUGGAUUUGCUGCUGCCAGAGGGGCUGCUGUAUCUUUAGAGCCAUGAGCUCCCAGCUGCAGGUCUUCUCCCCUCCCUCCAUCUCCUCCAGUGCCUUUUGCCGGGUCAAGAAGCUGAAGGUGGAGAGCAACGUGUGGGAUGUGUCCACUACUGAGGGCUAUGGCUCCAUGGCCGGCCCCUCAGCCUACAGCUUCAACCCGGCCCUGGCUGUGCCGCCCUUCGCCCCCUCCCUGGUCUUCCCCCCGGUGGCGCCUGGCUCCAGGGGGCAGGUGGUGGUGAGGGCGGCCGACAGCACAGGCAGUGCCCCGCGGGGCUCGGGCCGACGCCUCGCCAACGAACAGGCCACCUCUUACGGCCACACCCACGCCGAGGCGGCCUCCGACACGCGGGCCCACCGCCACGGCCAGAAGAGGAAGGCGGAGGAGGCCAGCGAGGGCAGCGGCUGUGGCAGCGUCCAGAUCCUGGAGGAGCUUUCGGCCCCCGCCGCGACAUACUCCACCCGCACGGUGGGUGGCGGGGGAGGGGGCACGGGGCAGUCCAUCCCCCACUCGGCCACCACGACCAAGAGCAGCAGCUCCAAUGGCGAGGGGGACUACCAGCUGGUGCAGCACGAGAUCCUGUGCUCCAUGGCCUGCAGCUACGAGGUGCUGGAGUUCCUGGGCAGGGGGACCUUCGGACAGGUGGCCAAGUGCUGGAAGAGGGGCACCAACGAGAUAGUGGCCAUCAAGAUCCUUAAGAACCACCCCUCCUACGCUCGCCAGGGCCAGAUCGAGGUUGGUAUCCUCAAUCGUUUGAGUGCGGAGAAUGCGGAUGAGUACAACUUUGUGCGUUCGUACGAGUGCUUCCAACACAAGGGCCACACCUGCCUGGUGUUUGAGAUGCUGGAGCAGAAUCUGUACGACUUCCUGAAGCACAGCAAGUUCAGCCCUCUUCCCCUGCGCCACAUCCGGCCCAUCUUACAACAGGUGGCCACAGCCCUGAUGAAGCUGAAGAGUUUGGGGCUAAUCCACGCCGAUCUGAAGCCAGAGAAUAUCAUGCUGGUGGAUCCCCUGAGACAGCCCUACCGGGUGAAGGUCAUCGACUUUGGCUCCGCCAGCCACGUCUCCAAGGCCGUCUGCUCCACAUACCUGCAGUCCAGAUACUACAGGGCGCCAGAGAUCAUUCUCGGCCUGCCCUUCUGCGAGGCCAUCGACAUGUGGUCCCUGGGCUGUGUGAUCGCAGAGCUGUUCCUGGGCUGGCCUCUGUACCCUGGAGCCUCGGAGUACGACCAGAUCCGCUACAUCUCCCAGACCCAGGGCCUGCCGGCAGAAUAUCUGCUUAGCGCCGGCACAAAGACCAGCCGCUUCUUCAACCGCGGCACAGACUCCAGCUACCCCCUCUGGAGACUCAAGACUCCUUCAGAGCAGGAGGUGGAGCUGGGCAUCAAGUCAAAGGAGGCCAGGAAAUACAUCUUCAACUGUCUGGAUGAUAUGAUGCAGGUCAACUUGUCUUCCCACCUGGAGGGAACAGACAUGCUGGCAGAGAAGGCCGACCGGAGGGAAUUCAUAGACCUCUUGAAAAGGAUGCUCCGAUUGGACGCAGACAAGAGGAUCACGCCCACAAAAACCCUGGGUCACCCCUUCGUCACGAUGAGCCACCUCAUGGACUACCCCCACAGCUCUCAUGUGAAGUCGUGCUUUCAGAACAUGGAGAUCUGCAAGAGACGGAGCUCCUCCUAUGAAAACAGCAAAUCCCUGUACUCCACCAACACUGUUCCCAGUGCCUCCGCGGGCAACCUCACGGUCACCUUUAGCAGUCAGCUCAACCAGCACAACCAGGUGCCUUCAGCAGCGGGGACGGUGCCACUGCUCAACUACCAGCCGGCUCUGUACCAGCAGGCUACCAUCAACAUUCCCGGUCUGACCCAGCAGGGCGUCCCGCUGCAGACCCGCGCUGCCGGCCUGUGCAGCCAGGCGGAGCCCUUCCAGCAGACGCUCAUCGUCUGCCCCCCCACCACCAUCCAAGGGCUGCAGUCCUCCAACAAGAGCGGCGCCUACCCUGUGAGGAUGGAUAACUCUGUGCCCAUAGUACCUCAGAACCAGUCGGCCCAGUCACUGCAGCUCCCGCCCAGCAUGCUCACCCAGGGCUCCUGCACCCCCCUGAUGGUGGCCACCCUGCACCCUCCGUCAGCCGGCCUAGCCCCCCAGUACUCUCUGCCCCUAGGGCUGGGCGCGGGGGUGUCCCGGCCCACCCUGCUGGAGCACACAGCCACAGUGCUGCAGGCCUGGCCCACCGGCACCCAGCAGAUCCUCAUCCCGUCGUCUUGGCAACAGGUCCCGGGCGUGGCCAUCCACGGCACGGCCCCCCCGUCGGCCGUGGUGGAGUCGCCGCUGGGAGUGCUCCACUCGGGCGUGGCCUCGCAGCAGGCCCACAGCUGGAGGUGGGUGGACCGGCCCGGUCAGCGGCUCCUCGGCUGGGACAAGGGGCAGCUCGGUGACCACGUCUCGUGUUUGUUGUCCCCCAGGAGCACAGCCCAGACCAGGUCCCAGCCGGAGAGGAAGAAGGUUAAGGCCAGGCGGGGAGAGAGCAGGAACAGGGGUCUGUCCACUACCUCACUGCUCAGCAGCAGUGAGGUGACGCCCGCGGUACUGUCCCAGCCCAUCAUCAUCUCGGACACGCCCAGCCCUGCAGUCAGCAUCAUCACCAUCCACAGUGACACGGACACGGAGGACGAGCGCAAGUUCCACCCCGCCAGUGUGAGCCUCAGCCAGAGGACCAACGUCAUCAGCUGCGUGACGGUGCACGACUCGGACUCGUCCAACGCCAGCCCGCUGACCCCGCUGACCCCGCUGGGCCGCGGCCACCUGCCCUCCAGCGUGCUGUCCUCCCGCCAGCACGCCAGGUCCCUGGCCGUGGUGGCGCCCUCCGUCAAGGCCCCGGCGUCGGACCGGGGCGCCGGCCCCCGCCCCCGCACCGAUACUGUGAACUACAUGAAGCCCAAGAGGUCUGCCAACCGCCAGCCCUGCGGCUCCCGGGACGAUGCUGAGCGCCAGGGGCCCGCACCCAGCCAGUCACACCCCCUGAACCUCAGCCAGGUGCAGCCCGUGGUGUCCUCCUCCCAGGAGCGCCUCCGGGCGUCCCACCACCACCACCACCACCACCACCACUCUGCCGGCUCCUCGGCCCGCCGGCAGCAGACCUUCCUCCCCGCGACCCACUUCAGCUUCCCGGACGCGUCGGCCCUGACCGCGGCCCCGGGCGCCGGCCUCUACACCUACCCGGCGUCGGCGGCGCUCUCCUCGGCCUCCCAGGCCAUGGAGCAGCUCCUGGGCCACGCGCACGCCGCCGGCGGCCACGGACACUCCCCGGCCGGCUACGCCACGGCGGCCUCCUACGCCAGCGCCUCCUCGGCCCGCCGGGACGCCGCGGCCCGCAAGGACCAGGUGGCGGCCGGCCUGCUGCACGCGCUCCCGGCCGCCUACCAGCACCCCUUCGCCACCGCCUCGCCCUACGUCAGCGUGACGCCCCGCGCCGAGGCCUACGGAGCCUACCAGCUCAGCCCCCGCCGCCUGCCCCAGUACCCCUACCUAUAGAGGGGGUCCCCCUGGCUGUACCCCUACCUAUAGAGGGGGUCCCCCUGGCUGUACCCCUAACUAUAGAGGGGGUCCCCCUGGCUGUACCCCAACCUAUAGAGGGGGUCCCCCUGGCUGUACCCCAACCUAUAGAGGGGGUCUCCCUGGCUGAACCCCUACCUAUAGAGGGGGUCUCCCUGGCUGUACCCCUACCUAUAGAGGGGUCGUCUCCAUACCCUGACACAUAGAGAGCUUCUCCCAGGCAGUACCAGUGUUUCCCAUACAUAGACCAAUGUGUGGCUGUUAGGACUCCACGUCUUACCCCCCCCCCCCCCCCCCCCGCCACAUAUUGCUACCUGGUCUGUGGGAAACACUGAGUACCCUUUCUUACCUGUAUGCACCAGGUCUGUGCCCUUACCCACAGAAGGGUUCUCAAAGCGCGCCCACCCAUAAAGAGGGUCACCCGCCUCGCCUCGGCAGAGGCCUCUGUCCUCGUACCCCUAGCCCCCCAGAGCUCAUCCAGUACCCAGUCCUUGGCCUCGGAGGGUGGGCCUAACUCCCUCCCUCGGUCACUAAGGGAGCCCAGAAGGCUGGUCUCUAGUGCAGGGCAGUGGUCAGGGUGGAAGCACAGGGGUUAUAUCAACUAUUAAACUGCUGCAGUUCACUAUAAGAAACCCCUUUUCACCAUGUCUAGUUUAAAUGCUCCUUUUAAACUCAUUUUUAAUGUUUUAUCCAACAUUUUGCAUUAUUUGACCUUGUAUCGGUUUAAUGAUCAUUUUAGGAUGUGUGUUCAGUUUUUAACACCCUCUCUAUUUUGUCACUCCCCAUUUUAUUCAGAAGUGGGAUUUGGCGUUGUGGUAUAUGUUUGACACCCGUUUUGUUCAAGCUAUAGGGCUUUCUGUGAUAAGAGGAAUACUUCCUGUAACAUGACACUUUGGCUAUGCCCUGAAGCCUUGCACAAAAGGCUUGUUGAUCGCUGGCAAAAAAAACAAACAGGGCUGGCCCGAAUUAUUCGAAUAUUCGAAUACUCGUUCUGAAAAUUAGUAUUCGAAGCUUAAAUCAGUAUUCGGAGCUUCGUUUUUUUUUUCCACGUACGUGACAGAGCGAGGGAGGCAAACUAUAAGCGGCACCAAGCAGAGAAGCGAGAGGUGGAGGAAGAUUAUAUAUCUUGUUUCCCUUGACUUUAUAACACAACAUCAGCGGGAUCUCGGGAGGAAAAGUAAUGCCUAGCGAAAUGCUAACCUUAGCUUAGUUGGUUAAUUACGUUCGCUGUACAGCGCCAAUCAACUGUGACUGGCUUGCUGCAGAGCGUGAGCGUCUUGGCAAUACCCGGUCAAUAUAUUGGAUAUAAUAUGGACUCAUAAGACAAUCAAUAUUCGGUAUUUGUUAUGGAUUUAAUGUACAAAGUCCCUGAAAAGAUGCACGUUCCAGGAUGAAUUGAAAAGCUCCCCUAACGGCAGAGGACAGCUGAUUUGGAACGGAACAACAGCUGUUCCCUUCCACGGGGAAAAACUAAAAACUCCAACUUACUUAGGCCUUCUAAUUAACGUUCAAAAGCUAUUAAAUCUUCAACAAAAUAUGCAGAUACUGUCAAAAUCGGUUCCAGGGAGUAUAUAUGUAUUAUUAAUGUUGUUUUUGAUGGUGUGUUUUUCUGGAACGAGUAUUCGAAUAUUCGCUCGGAAAAACCAACGAGUAUUCGAAGCCUGAAAAAUGACAUUCGGGCCAGCCCCUGUCCCAUGAGUUAAGUUAGUAAGUUUUAUGUGAGGCACUAAUCCCAUGAUAUUUCCUGUGUUUUGGCUCAUGUGUUUUGGCUGUAUCACUACAUUCAUCACAAAUAGUACUUAUUUUAUAAUGCAUAAAUUAUGUUUUUUGUCAGUGUGAGGUCGUUGAAGAUUUAUUCACUACCCGAGAGAAGUCCAUCUGCUGAGAAAGGCAUGGAUGGGACCGUGAUGGUUGUUUUUUUAUUUAAAAAAAUGCACAUGUGAUAGUGUCACAAUUAAUGUACUAAGUGUUUUAGGAAGGGCGCAUAUGGACCUUAUGCAAUAGAAACAUUUGAACUUCAUCAACUGUGAGUGCUGAAUGUAUUUAUCAAGUUAAACGUAUAGUGAUGGAUUGCGUGCCCAUCUUCAGGAACAAAGGAAUCCUCAAGUUUUAACAUGUAACGAAAAUGGACUUGGGAAAGAUUACUGUAUCCCCUCCUCUACCCGACACUCCGAGAUUACCAAAACUUCCUGGAAAUACCUGCUGAUCAUUAGCCAGAGAAUUGCUUUUUGUGGAGUAUUUUCUAGAUUACAUUUAUAUAAAAAAAUAUGACUAGAUUUCUUACUAUUUUCCAUGUUUUAGAAACUAGCUCAUUAUAUUAAUCAAUAUACUUUAGCUAGAAUAUCCCAUUCUUUGAUCCAACAGUACUAAUGGAUUUAAUUGUAGCGUGAUGUUUAAGAGGCUAUAACGGCGUCAUUUCUGAUUUGUACCGACCCACUCGCGUGCUCCCACAUACGUAAAUGAUGCUCUGCUGGCUUACACUGUCCAGAAUGGGACGCAGUAAGCGCGGCAAGUAACAUGCAAAGAACACGUACUAACACAAACUAGUAUUUUUAAUCAGAAACUAAUUUCAUUUGAUGUAAUCUUGUAUUUAUUUAACCAUUCCCAAUGAGUAGUACCAUAUUUGAAUAUACAUGCAAAGUUUGCAAGUUGGAUUUUUAAGUCUUACUCGGAUGUAUUGUGGUGAAUGUAAACCACAACUGCAUCCUGCAUAAUAUGGUAUCGCUCGUGAUUAUUGAUGGGUUGUCUGUACGCUUAACCUACGGAUGCACACUUGUCAUAAGCUCUCUGUUGGAAGUACACAUGGCUUUAAGUUUUGUAACGGUGUGGCAGACUUUCUCCCUCCGUCUGUGGUCAAGCAAGUUUCUCCUGGAAUCCUGAAACGAAAGGCUUUUGGAUUUGAUCUCAUCCCCAUUUGUUUUCAUAUGUCUUGCUGUUAAAUGUAUUUUUGGCUGUUUAUAUCCCAUCCUUCCAUGGCAUUGUUAAGAAGUUAUCUGGUAGACUAAUUCAGGGAUAAGGUUUCAGUUCAAACUAUCGUCACUGUUUUUCAAUAAAAUAACCUCAAGUCCA